UGUCGAGGCUCACAAACCUGCGAAAAGAAAAGUUCUUCCCGAAUUUCGCCAAUUUGCCCGCUGAAGACGAUAUUGACUUGAGAUACUACAAAUUUGUCAAUGAUUCCCAUCUCAAACCCAAGCAACACUGGUGCCUUCUAACAGAGAUCGUGUCGAUUUGCAUUUCGGCCGGCUGGUUCUCCGAUCCCGCGACAGAGCUGGUAAACCUUUGACGAUCGCCUUCUACACAGAUGGCAAUGGGAGGAGGAUCUCAUCUCAGAUGAAGGUUGGAUAUACGAUUGCUAUCCUCUAUGCUGACCAGCAUGCUUUCAUAGACGGAUCCACAGGGGUUCGCCAAGAGAGCAACAAUACCGUCAAGGUGAGAACCCAUGGGCUGCUUCAAUAUCCCAAGGAAGCAGAGCUAAGGAAUGUCCAGGUUUUCCCCUCGACUUUAGAUAACCUGCUUAAAUUGAACCACGAGGUUCAUCUUUGGAAAGCGUUUCCCAACAAAGGGGUCUGCCACGCGUGCAAUAAGGAAAAGGAGCCUUUGCAGAAAUGUGCCAGGUGUGGUAUGGUGUCGUAUUGUGAUCAGGUUAGUGGAAGAGGACAUAAUGGUUGCUCUGGCUGUGUCUUGAGACUAAUUAUAAUGCAGGAAUGCCAGAAGUCUGGCUGGGAGAAGAUGAAUCACAAGAAGAACUACAAGAUUCUUCGAGAUAAUGACUUCCAAGGAAUGCUGAAGGUGAGGUGGGAACCCGUAAUUGAAGAUCUGAAUUUUCCCUUGAACAUAGGAUAGAUGCCGUAGUCCAAUCAUUGCCUCUGUGGAAGGAGCUUUAUCAGCCUCUGAAUAUCGCGAAGAUAGAUGGUUUUACUCCAUCCCUAGAAACCCCAUUGGUCACCAUCUGAGAAUACAGACAUAAAUAGACCGUUAAAC